AUGGCUCUAAAAAUGUGGAAGAUCACAACUACCGUUCUCUUCUUUUCUCUUGUUUUCCAGGAUGUGAACUCUUCUCUCGUGGAUGCUCUCGAGUGUAAGUGAACAAUUCCUCCAUUCAGUUAGAGCUCAUUCGUUCAGAUGCCAACGCUGGAAGAUCCUCAGUUCUCAAGGACUUCACUGGAAUCAAAUUGAGCAGCACUCCGACAGAAGACGUGCUCAGUUGGCUGAAAGAGGCAUUCGGGAGUCUUCCGUGGAAUGUUCAGUACAAUCUGAACGAAAUUUCCGUCUACUUCAAAGUGCGAACACUUUAGAAAUUGAAGUUUUAUCUUAGUUUCAGGCGUUCAUUUCCAGUCUGAAGACAAACGAAUCGUCCACGACAACGGCUCCGACUUCCCCAGUCACUUCUCCUUCAACUUCUCAGACCACCAAAUCUUCUAGUUCUACCACUCCGUUCCCCACGAGUGCUAAAAAAGCAUCAAAGACGAACAAGGGUACGAAGAGUCUAAAAACUACCAAAAUUCCCCGUUCCGCUCGUUUCCUCUGAGCUCUGUCUCACUUUUCUUUCUUUGUUUUUCCAAUUGUCAAUAAAAAUUAUUCAUAGUUUGAAGAGGAUCCCAUAAAAUUGCAACAUUACCCGGUUAAACAAAGAGAAUCGCACUCGAUUCGUCUCUUUUCACUUUUUCAGCAAACAGAGCCCGGUAAUAAAGGAGAAGUAAGAAGAGAGAGUCAUCCGUUUGUCUUUCCGAGACCAUAAAAAGGACCUGACUCCGAACAUUCUCGUUUUUGUCCAUUUUCUCAUUUUGUAACGUCAUCCAAAGAUUCUCUUUUCAGAAUGAUCCGAUUCUUCCUGUUGCUGAUGGCGUCAAGUCGCGUGACUGGACUGCUGUAUGAAUUGAACAGUACAGAAACAACGUUUCAAUCCAUUCCUGACGACCGAUAUUACGCUGUUGUCUAUAAUGACACUGAAGACGAUUUUAAAUUAAUCGAGCUAAAAGCCCGUGCACCAGACAGAGAUGCUGUCAUUCCUUGGUAGGCUGUUCUGGAUCUAAUUAGAAACCACCUCUACAUUUAGGGACUACCCUACAAAAGAUAAGAUUGAAAGUCAGGAUCUGGCAGACUAUGAUGAGUUCAAGGUGUCUGAAACGGAUAUUGGUACCACCGGUGCAGCGGCGAAGUUGACUGGCAAACUUUACUUUCCCGAGAAGGGUUAGUUGAGUUCACCAAACGUACUAAAUACAGUAGCGGCCACUGAAAUAUCCCCUUUUGGUUUUUCCGCUAUAACUUUUUUUAGAGAAGAGCAACCGGGCCAAAAUUUUUUAUGCGUAUUACAGGCAUAUAUAAUGUACUUUCUGCAAAGUGUCUCCACUGUGCUGCGAAAGAAAUAUUUUCUCUAAAAUGUUUUUCAAUUUUCACGAUUUUGCUCGUAUUUUCAAUUUUUUUUUGGAAGCUACAACGCCAAUAUUUUCCAGAGUCUUCAAUAUUUUUUGAUUUAGAUAAUGACAAAAACUAAAGGAAAAGUAGAUUUGACCCCUAACCAGCAAUUUGCAAUUGCCAGGAGCAGGCGAGCAGGGACGAACUCACAGGCAACUCGCUGAGCAGUUCAAUGUCGAUCGUUCCACAGUUGGAAAAUUUUUGAAGCGCUGGAGAGCUCAAAAUGAGCAGCCAGUGAAGAGAAGACACUCAAGGGCUCCCGUUACGAACCAUCUAACGGAUAGAAACAUCGUACGCGCAUCGUGAAGCAACCCUAGACUGAGUGCCACCGAAAUCCUCGAUCAGGUUUCCCACCGUGGAUCACCCGUGGCAAGCGUCAGAACGAUCCGACGUCGCCUAAAUGAUGCUGGACUCUUUGGCAGAAGACCUGUGAAGAAACCAUCCAUCUCUGACCGCAAUAGAGCAGCUCGUGUGGCCUGGGCGCGAGCUCAUCUCAACUGGACUCAAAGUCAGUGGGAACGAGUUUUGUGGAGUGAUGAGAGCAAGUUCAUGUUGUUCGGUUCGGAUGGAAUUUCUUACGUGAGGCGACCAGUAGGGACCAGAUUCGACCCAAAAUAUCAAACUCCCACCGUAAAACAUGAUGGCGGCAACGUGAUGGUAUGGUCCUGCUUCAGCAGUCAUGGGGUCAGACCACUACACCGCAUCCGAGGUAACAUGGAUCGCUUUGUUUACGAACAGAUCUUGCAAAAUGUGAUGCUCCCGUUCGCUCGUGCCUCCCCGAGGGUUCGUUAUUUGUUUCAGCAAGAUAACGACCCAAAACACACCUCCAACCACAUAAAAAUGAGUUAAAUGCCUCAAACGAUCAGUACCUUUUUUUGAAGAAUUGGUUCGCCACCAACCGUGCGACUGUAAUGGAGUGGCCCAGCAAGAGCCCCGACCUCAAACCCAUCGAAAACUUGUGGGAAGAGCUUGAGAGACGCGUUUCCGGUAUCCGUACAACGAGAAAUUCUCUCAGUUGGAGACUGCGUGGGCUCAGAUUCCACAGUCUGUUUUGACCAACCUGAUCCAGUCGAUGCCAAGAAGAUGUCAAGCUGUUAUCGAUUCUCGAGGGUUUGCAACUAAGUAUUGAUCAAUUUUAUACUGUUUCUAUUGCUUAUUGUCUCAUUUACAAGUCGUUUCCCGAGUGAAAUCGCAAUAAACCGGUUUUUGUUGAAAAUCGAAAAAUCGAAUUUUUGGAAUUUUUCAAAGAACAUUUUUUUUAUCGAUAAGAGCUAAACUGGAUCAUUUUUCUGGCUCAUUUUGCAACAUUUUCACAGUUGACCUCAAGUUCCUAGCUCUUCUCUAAAAAAAGUUAUAGCGGAAAAACCAAAAGGGGAUAUUUCAGUGGCCGCUACUGUAUUAUGAAUUGAAGAAUGUGAAAGCACUGCGGUGUUCCAAUCAAAGAGUGCGCCGUAUAACGUGGACGUAUCUGACGACUAUAUUGUUAUUUUCUCAAAGACUGCAGCCGGAUCAACACUUGGAAAGUUUUCCACAUCAUCGGUUAGUGCUGAUGAAGAAAUAAUUGUGUCAAAUAAAAGGAGUUGAAAAUAUGCUGACAAAGGAUCAAAACUAAAUACUUUCUGCUUUCAGGAUACGUCAUUCACUGUGUACUCUGGACUUCCGGGAGAAGACGGGCAUUCCUUGUAUGUUUACGAGUAAGAUUAUUUAUUAAUGUAUUACGUUCAAACAUUUUGUGAAGUUUAGUUCGAAACUAAACGUAGAUGAAAUGUACAUCCCCGAGGAUCAUUUUUAUGUUUCACGAAACGGCGAUCUCAAUUUCGAAGUGACGGACGGUGGAGGUAGGAUUUUCCCGUGCUCGGCACGAGAAAGAUAACUUGUUUUAGAGAGUCCCAACGAGAAAACAUUCACCUCAAAUGGAUUUGUAAUGUCCACCCACUACCCACAGGAUCCAGAUGUGAAGAGUCUGAGCGUAAAGCUAAAACCGAAUACAGCGGACCGUCCGAUCACAUUUCAGGCACGCGUGCACAAUAAGAUAUUUGAAAACUUUCUAAUGUUCAGGUGACAGCUGCGCCGGAGGAAACAACUGGGGCCGAAAAGGAAAUGAUUGCGGAGGAGUCGGAUUCGGAAGGAGUGACUGUCAGUGUCGGAGACCAGUUUAAAAUGUAAAUUGAGAGAGUAUGGGUGAAUAUAACCUGAUAAUACGUUUCAGCUUGAUCAAACGAGGAUCCUCAGCCCAAACCGGUACUAUUCUUCCGGCUAACACGGACCAUUUCCAAAUCAGUGCGAAAAUUGGAUAUGUUGUGCAAUUCGAUAUUGGCGGUAAAUAUACUUCAUUUUCUCACUUUAAAUCUGUUCUUACACAGAUCCCGUCAACCCUGCUACAAACGCUCCAACGACACCGACAGCGCCGACAACAGCUCCCACAGUUACCACCGCGCACCCAACGUGUCCGCAAUGCAACUGUUUCUCGACUUCCACAGAGCCAUCCACCACCACUCAAUCUGCGAGCGUUUCAAGUGUGGCCUCCGUGUUCACAAUGAUCUUUGCUUAUAACUUAUUCUAA